CCUAAAAUAUUUUCAUCCCAGCUAUGGCGCUCUUCCUCCACUGCAUUGCGCUUCCUCGCUUUCAAAAUCUCCAGCUCCAAGGCGCCGCGCGCUGGCGUGGCGCUUGGAUCGCCAGAUGCUCCUUGUCGUCCGCCGCGGCAGAUCCAGGCGAUGAAUUGUGGGAGCGCAAGAAGCGAUCGAGGAGUAUCGCGGGUGUGGAUCAGGCUGUGCUCAUGGAGCCAUGGCUUCUAGCAGAUCCGAGCAGCCGAUUCGCGGAGUACAAUGGAGUCCAGGUGCACUACAAGAUCAUCGCCAGGGAUGGAUCCCCAGGAAACAUCAGCGCUGGCGAGGCUGGAGAGUUCCCUGCGAUACUCCUCCAUGGAUUUGGUGCCUCGAUUUUUUCGUGGGAGCGUCUGAUGCAGCCUUUGGCCAAGGUGUUAGCAUCAACCGUGGUGGCGUUUGAUCGGCCAGGCUUUGGACUAACUUCCCGGCCUAGGAUUCAACCAAGUGCCGCGAAAGAGAACCCGUAUAGUCUGGAUUUCUCGGCAUCUAUCGCCGCGGCUUUCAUUGAUUUUCUAGGGGCAGACAAAGUGAUAUUGGUCGGGCACUCUGCUGGAUGCAUUGUCGCUGCCGAUACGUACUUUAAAGCUCCAGAGCGAAUUGCCGGGAUUGUGAUGCUAGCUCCUGCCAUAGCUGCGCCUUUCAUGGGGAAACUGCGACGACGACAAGGACGAGAAACUCGGAAAGAAGAGCAUCUGGAACGGAAUCCCGGCUCGCUGUCUCGUGCUCGCUUGCUUGUCAAGCUCGUCACCAGUCUCUUUCUGGGACUGCGUGCUGUUGCUCUCGAGCUUUACUCCAAGCUAAAGCGCUUCACUCAAAGUUUGAAAGAACUGGUGGCCAACAUCUUCGCGGGAGUUUUAGCCGCGGCACUCAGAUCAAAGGCUGCUAUCUGGAUGAUACAGCAGAUAAUGGAUAGAUACUCGAGGGAGGCAGUGCGUUUUGCUUGGUACAAUCCACAGAUGGUUAAUAACUCUAUCAUUCAAGGCUACACCAAGCCCUUGGGAUGUAGGAACUGGGACCAAGCGUUGCUAGAGUACGUUAUAGCCAUGUUGUCAACCAGAGACAAAAAGGGAAGGAAACUAGCCGAGAAGAUUGAAGAAAUCUCAUGUCCAGUUCUGAUAGUAACGGGAGACACAGAUCGUUUGGUCCCUGCUUGGAACGCAGAAAAGCUCGCCAAAGUGUUUCCCAAGUCUACGUUUCACAAGAUCAAAGAGUGCGGACACUUGCCUCACGAAGAGACACCCGAAGAAGUUUUACGUGUCGUAGGAGAGUUCAUUUCAUCGAGCAUUGCAAAAGUAAAAUGUGGUGAAUAAGGUCUUUCCUUUGCGUGUUUGUUUCGCCUUUGAGGUACGAGAUGGACGAAGCUGUUGUCCCUCUCCCACUCGCUCUCACACACAAGGUAUACUUUUUCUUGCAA